GCCAAAGAUAUCCCAAAAUAAAUUUUUUUGGAUUUGUUAAAUAUAAUGUGAGGGAAUUUGUCCCAAAACCAAUGAGAUGUUUCAAUUGCCAGGAGUUUGGGCACAUAGCUAAGGUGUGCAAGGGCAAGAGAAGAUGUGCAAGGUGCGGUGGUGAUCAUGAAUAUGGAAAGUGUGGGUCAGGUAUAAAACCGAAAUGCUGUAACUGUGGAGGCGAACAUAGUGUUGUGUGCUGGGGAUGUGAAGCAAUGAAGCGUGAGGUUGCAGUACAGAAGGUUAGAACAAAAGAGAAAGUAUCUUAUGCCGAGGCAGCUAAGAUGACUGGACAGGAGAAACUGAAUGACAAGCAGGGGGGAGGGAAAGAGCAAACGGCGGCAAGUAUAAUACAAGAGGUGGAAAAGAAGUUGUUGAUAGAGAAAAAGAAACUGGUGACGUUUAUAGCGGGAGUUAUAAAUGCAACUGCGGAUGUAAAUUCAAAAACGGAAAGAAUCCAGAUUAUUGUUAAAGCAGCUGUGCAUCACCUGGAUAUAAGAGGGUUAAAAUGGGAGGAAGUCAGGGAGGAGUUAAGUGCUCAGGCAAGUCAAGAAACACAAUGUAUUGGGUUAGUAGUAGUAAUGUUAAUUCUCCAAUGGAACGCAAGAAGCUUGAUUGCUAAUGGCCAGGAUUUUAAAAAGUUCAUUUAUAGUCAGAAGGAAAAACCAGACCUGCUGUUUAUCCAGGAGUCAUGGUUAAAACCAAGUUUAGAUUUUAUAAUAAAUGGAUACAUGGCAAUCAGGUGGGACAGGAAGGAUGGGGCAGGAGGGGGUUGUGUCACCUUUGUGAAGGAGGGCAUUCCUUAUAGAAAUAUUUAUAUUGGAAAUGAGUUGGAGUGUGUGGUUAUUGUAGUGUGGGCAGAAAGGAAGAACCUGGUGGUUAUAAAUUUCUAUAAUCCAUGCAGGAAAUUAGAACGCAGACUGGAAGACAUAGAAGGAUUAAAUAGAGGAAGCAUUGUGUGGUGUGGAGACUUCAAUGCACAUAAUACGUUAUGGGGGAGUGAUAAAACAGAUUACAAUGGGCAGGUAGUGGAAGAGUUGUUGGAUGGAAAACACCUUGUCUGUAUUAAUGAUGGCAGAAACACAAGGAUAGAUGUGAACACUGGAAAGGAGUGUAAUAGAUCUGACGUUAGUAACCAAUACCUUAGCGCCAUUGUGUGAAUGGGAUGUGUAUCAGGAGAAGGGAUAAAUCAAGUGGAAAGAUGGGGAAUAGAAUGGGGUUUUUAAUUUUCUGUGGAAAAAACAAAAAUUAUGUUCUUCACAAGUAAGAAAAUCAGGGAAGCAAGGAAUCUGAAGUUAUACGGAAGUAACCUAGAGAGAGUAGAAUGCGUUCGUUUCUUGGGAGUACAUUUUGAUCCCAGACUAACAUGGAAAGAGCAUAUAAGAAGCAUAGUGGAAAAAAGUAAGAAAGUCAUUAAUGUUAUGAGAUGUCUUGCUGGGCUGGAGUGGGGAGCUGAUAUAGCGUCAUUGAAGUAUAUAUAUAUGUAGUGCUAAUCCGGGCAAGAAUUGAUUAUGGUAGUGUGGUGUAUGGCUCAGCAGCCAAGACUGUGCUGUCAGACCUGGAUGUUGUGCAGGCUCGUAAUGCCUCUCUAGAUUCGUAGGAAACAGUUGAUGGCCAAUUACUGGAUAAAUCUAAGGGGACACACAGAAAGUCAUCCAACUAAGAGGGUAUUGGAGGCUAGUUGGGAGAGGGAAAAAGCACAAAAAACAAGCUUUGGAUGGGUAGGCAAGGACGUUGCAGAACAAAUGCAAAUUCAUGAAAUUGAAUUUUGUCCAACUGUGUUGUGGCCUGUGAGACCAGUCUGGAUGUUGCAAAAUGCUUAUGUGGACAUGGAACUAUUGAAUAUAAAGCUCAGAAAUAAAACAGCAGAUUUAGUUCAGGAAUAUUACAUGCAUAGGGACAGGAAUUACAAUGACUAUUUACAGAUUUUUACAGAUGGGUCAAAGGAUCCAAUAAGAGAGGUGACAGGGGCUGCAGUGGUGAUUCCCAGUCACCAGACUGGAAUCAGUAAGAGAACGUGAGAUUAUUUGAGCAUAUAUGCUGUUGAGCUAAUUGCAGUUCUGUUAGGAUUAGAGUGGGUGGAAGGAGUGACGGCAAAUAAUAUACUCAUCUGUAGUGACUCUGUAUCAGCAUUGUCAAGCAUUAAAACAGGAUCAGGAAGUAAUCACCAAGACAUAUUAUAUGAACUGUUGUUUAAUAAUUCAAGGAUAACUAAUCAAGGGAAAAACAUAAAGUUCAUGUGGGUACCAGCACAUUCAGGAAUCCAGGGAAAUGAAAAAGCAGAUAAGUUGGCGAAGGAGGCGGUCAGGAGAGAGUAUGUGGACCUUAAUGUUAAACUUUCAAAAUCAGAGAGGAAAAGCAUAGUUUGGAGGGGAGUAAUCAAACAAUGGUAACAACAUUGGGAUAGUGAAACAAAAGGAAUACAUUUAUAUAAAAUACAAAAUAAAGUAGGAAUGGCAAGAAACAGUGGAACUGAUAGAAGAGAGCAAGUAAUCAUAAGUAGAUUAAGAAUUGGUCACAGCAAGUUGAAUGGCACACUAUUUAUUAUAGGAAAAAAUCUAACUGGCUAUUGCGAACAGUGCCAGGAAUUAGAAACAGUGGAGCAUGUCCUGAUUGAAUGUAGGAGGUAUGAGCAAGAAAGAAGGGUAAUGUUUACAGGAUUACAGAGACUAGGAGUGGAGGCAAGGUUUACAGAUCUGCUUGAGUGUGGGGACACGGUGGAGGGAAAGAAGGUGAUAUUUAGUUUUGAGGGCAACUGGAAUAAGUAACAGGAUAUAAGAGAUCCAGACAGCAAUACAUGGUUAGAUCCAGAAGGAGGCGGUAAUGCAACUAAAAAGGAUGCCAACUGCCGUAAAACACCAAAGAAGAAGAAGAAGAAGGCACAAUUCAGUCUUAAACCUGAGAGGCAGUAAUGUGCUUGAGUAGUGUCUUGCCUGCCAAAAACCCA